CUAUCUCGAUAUAAAGAUUUGAACGAAUCAAUAAUUAACCCCUUAGAGAGAUGAAAACUGCUUAUUGUAAUAAGUAAAAUAAAAUAGCUUCAGCAAGCGAAGCGUUCGCUCUCCGGAUAUCCGGUUUGUUCUUUAUUCGCGGGAGGCCAACCCGCAACCGGCGCAAUGGACAAAAGCAACACUGUAAAGCUGUUUGUUGGGAACCUGGCGCUUGACACAAGCCAGGAGGAGCUGUCUGCCAUCUUUGAACCUUAUGGCUCAGUAGUGAGUUGCAGUGUGCUCAGGCAGUUUGCCUUUGUCCAUCUGCAAGGCGAGGGAGCGGCAGCUAGGGCCAUCAAAGAACUUAAUGGCCGUGAGUUUCGCGGACGGAACCUGGUUGUAGAGGAAUCGCGAGGACGGCCACUGCACUCUACAAAGGUGUUUGUUGGAAACCUCAGUGGUAUGUGCACCACAGAGGACUUGCAGGAGCUCUUUCAGACCUUUGGCAAAGUACUGGAGUGUGACAAAGUUAAAGCCAGGCUCUCCUCUUCUGCAGGCUAUGCUUUUGUGCAUAUGGAGAAUAAGGAGGAUGCUCUGCGGGCUAUCGAGGCACUCCAUGGCACUUCCUUCAAGGGCCGUCCGCUCUCUGUGGAGCUUUCCAAAGUGCAGCCUAGCAAGCAAACUCCCACAGGCAAGAUUCCAUGUGUGAGCUGUGGGAAACAGGGCCACUAUGCAGGGGAGUGCCCCAUGGGCAAGCCUACACUGGAGCAGUACCAGAGUCAAGCUGCUGUGCUUGCUGCUGCAGCUGCAGCUGCUGCUGGACUGCCGCUCCAGGUGCAACAGAGCGUCCACAACUCAGUGUACAACACUUCGACCUUUGACCCUACGUAUGCUGCCCUCACAGGUCUGACAACUGGCAGUCGUACGGAUGGCACCCCUGUUAGCCCUGCUGUGUAUGGAGCUCUGGCCAGUCAAGUUUAUGGCACAGUGGCAAACCAGCUUUAUGGUUCUGUAGCCAGUCAAGCUUUGACAGCUGGUGCCACCCAGGUGUACAGCUCUAUGAAUACCCAGGGGUACACCCAGGUAACCAAUGACUCAGCUGCGGCUGCUGCAGCUGCUGCAGCUGCUGCUGCUGCAUACAGCAGUCAAAUGUACACUCCGACGGUGAGCAACUCUGUCUACUUGGACAGCGGACAGGUACCAUCUGCCACUGCAGCUGUGAAUCCGGCUUACAGUGUGGCACCUGCUCUCUACAGUGGGAGUCCAGCGUAUGGGUCCUUGGGAGGUACAGACCCUACAGCACAAGCCAUCUUUGAGGCAGCACGCGCCCACUACUUUGCACAAGGCCAACAGGUUUUGGCUGAACAGCAAGCUGGAUCAAAAUCAGGGGAAAGAGACCGGAGCCCAGUACGUCGCUCAGCUCCUCUUCUACCCGAUCCUGUCCCUAAGCCUUUCCUCUACCAGAGGCCCAAACGUAGAGCUCUCCUGCCCACACCCACCAGCAGGCCUGAAGACACUGCUGUACCAGAGGAAGAUGCCAUGGCAAGAUACUACGCGGAAUACUACCAGCAGUACCAACAAUACCAGCAAUACUCACAGUACCAGUAUGCCUACCCACCCCCCAGCCCAGUGCCCCCUGUGCCUGGCCAGCCUGCCACCCCUCUGGAUGCUCAACACCCAGCUGCUCCUGCUGCUGCCACUUCACCCAGAGUGUAUGAUCCGCCGCCCCCGCCGUCGUCACGCAAGGAGCCCCUCCUCCGCCGCCCCGACCUCCCCCUUCACACGCCAGAGCCCCCUUUCCGAUAGUCGCCUUCCUGGGGAGGGUGUGUGUGUUUGUGUGUCUGUGUCUAAGGACUGUAUCCCAACUUUGGUCCGCUGUCAUUUUACUUUGUGCAGUCAGAUCAUUUGGAUGAAACAUUUGCUUAUCCAAAUGGUGUCAACACUUAAAAAUUGCAUUACUCCUUUUUUUAAAGAUCGGAAUUUCAAGACUUACUUUGAGAAGUUGUAACUGAUAUGCUAGAUAUUUGGUUCCCCUUGAUAUAUUCAUACAGACCUUGUAUAAGCAGUGCAUGGAACAUGUUCUGAAUGUGCAUAGCUGUCUUUGUUUUCUUUUUUUAGUUUUUGGUCAAUAUGGUG